AUGGCAGAUAGUCUAGACGUACCCAAAGAUACAGUUGACAAAGUGUGUGGCCAGCCCCAAGAAAGAGAAGCAAAACCUUCACCAGAUAAUAUAGUGCAAGCAAAGGACAUGUCUGAAACACAGGCCCUCACGAUGGCUCACUCUGCUAAUCUAAACAAUAAAAGGAGUUCUCUGCCUCUGAAAGCUUCAAAGAAUGACAAAUCCAGAAGUUUGAAAAAAAUCUCUCGAGAGUUCAUCAGCUACAUGAAACGAUCCCGAACCUUUUAUGCCUCUAUAGCAGAAAGGCUGUGUGAUGGAGACCUAGUGAUGCGGGACAGCUCGACUUGUUGGAAUGGAGAGGAUGUUGUGGAAAGUUACACCAGCAGAGUUGUUUCCAAUGGACUGAAGGCACAAAUUAAUAACCCAGAAUUGAAAGUCAAAGGAUUAGACCCUCUCAUCAGUCAUUUAAUUGACAAACUUCAUCAUUUUAACCAACUGGAUACAGAGAAGACAAAAUUGAAGUUGGAACGAUGGGCUUCAAGGGAAAGUGGCAGUGGGGGUGGGAAAAGUGAAGCAAUGGAAUCAAGCGGGGACUGUGAUGAUGAGGAUGGAUGUCAAGGAUCUGGUGACAGAAUUCACACAACAGAUGUACUCAAAGAAAAGAAGGCCUAUUCGGAAGAUAGGAAUGAACCAAAACCAACUGUGAAAAAGAUUGACACCACGGCUACCAUAACCACAACCAAGUCAUCUUCUAAACACGAUCUAGCCGGAAAUGCGGGCAAUCUAGCCUCCAGUUCCUCAUGUUUCAUUGUAACAGCACUAGCGAUUUUGUGGCACUGUCUGUUGUAGCUCCAUUGUAUUGCAACAACUGUCCAAGAAUUUCUGUCCAUUGUCAUUUAUACCUACAGCCUUACCCAAUGGAAAACAAAGUUAAAUGGCUCUCUAAUAUUAUAUGGUAUGUUAGAAUGAAUGCUUAAAAAAAGGCUGAGAUUGGCUGAUAGUGAUUGUCAGCACUUACACUGUGUCUGAAGAAGGUCCUUGAUAAUAUCUUAUCCACUCUAGAUAUAAAGGGAAUGAUGACAGGGGAUCUGAGUAGUUUAAGUUAUUGGGGUAGAAAUAAUUAACACUAAAAUUGUAAACUACUGUAUUGGCAUUUUUCCCAUUUUGCUCACUGAGUAGUCUCACUGGUUGUUUCUGUUUGUUAAAUUCUUGCAAUAAGUUCAAAUGAAUGAUCAUUCUUCUGGUACAAUUUAAUACAAAUGGUAUUUCUCUAGUGAAUAGCUAAUAACCUAUGUCUACAGUGGUGAACCAUGUCAAGUGAAAUACUCUCUACUAGUUUCAUAAAGUUUCUAAGUGGCCAAGAAGGUAAGAGCAUGUUUGACCCUUUUGUUUUCGCUCUUACUGUUUAGAUUUUAGGACACAAUAUAAAAACACAUAUGGUAUGUUUGUAGUGUGUAAGUAUAGUUGACUUUACCAUUUAAACAAAUUUUUAGAAACACAAUGUUUUACCGAGGCAUAUAGACAAUGAGUUUCCCUGCCACACAAAACUUCAUUAUCAUAUGCUCAAAGCUUACUGUAUGAAUGUCUGACAAAGGGAAACAUAAGUAAACAUUAUAAUGUUUUAAUCAGCUGAAUGCAGUUAUAUAUGAAAAAAGCUAAUUUCGUUCAAACGUAUUUUACCUGUUUCCUGUUGGAGAGGACCUUGUUUCCAGCUGGGUGUCAGAGAUAUAAAGUGUUUGGAUUCCUCAUGCCCAAAAAGUGGUCUCCAUGAAUUGUAGAUCUCUAUAGUACAAUAUGUUCCAUACACCAUGUAUUAUUUAAUUAUGUUUACUAUUUUAAAUUGUGCUAUCACAAUAGAAGUAAAUGUAAAACAAUCUGAAAUCUAGAAUAACAUUAUCGGUCAUUUCUCACUUUGAUUUUCUAUACUAGACAGUGUCAGAAAUCUUCAUUUUAUUGUGAUGAGAAUUUUUGAUUUAAAUCAAGGAAACACUGAUGUGUUUGGAAGCUAUGAUGGAAAGGUACUAUGAUGUAACUAGAUGCGUUGAGAACUAAUAUGUGUAUUUUCUGACAACUGUAUUUAUAGUGCCAUUGAAAAUAUAUACAUACGAUACGGUAUGAGUACAGUGAUUAAUGAUAAAUAUAUGAAGCAUUGGGAUUGUUAACAUAUUUUACUUAAUUUCAUAACCAUUUCCACCAUUUAAUGGCCAUUUUCAUGCUGCAGGCUAUAAUAAGAUUUAAUGUAAAGACAUUUGCCUUUAAUUUUUUUUGAGGGGAGGGGGAGUAAAACAUCUCUUUCAGCGCUUAGAUUUAUACAAGCACUGACAUUGAUUCAAGAGACAAACUGUAUAUCAUAUCAACCAAGUUCUGGGUGUGACAGUAUAGAAUAGGAGGGCAGGAUGUCAUUGUACUUGUGUGUGUUCAUGCGGUGUUAG